UAAAUCAUCCAUACUUAUAUUGUAACUAAUUAUACAAACUAAUGCUGCAUAGAAAUGUUCUUUGAUUUAUCAUGAAAAUGCUCAUCUUCAACCUAUUAAAAGAGAAGGUUAGAAUUUGUUUAAUUGAUAGCAAUGCAUAAUUGACUAGAAACCCCUAAUCCGUAAAACCCAGCGGGUUGCCUAAACUAUGAAAAAUUAGAUUUCUCAACUGCCAUUUCUUCGAAUUUCCAACAUGACAACCUUUCUAAACUGGAAGCCUACAUUUCCCAAACAGCAGUUCUUCCCCGAGGAUCCACUUCCGCCUAAAGAGCAAUGCUUUCUGGGACAUGCAGUCCUUGCCUCGGUAUCAAAUGAGACGGCCGCAAUGUCGGAUUCCCCCAGAUGAUGGUAACAGUGUACUGUACUAUUUGGGCAUGCAAAUUUCGUUUCCCCUUCCGGAAGCGACGCCUCUGGUGGGAAAAGUGACGGGAACUGGAGUGGGUCAAAAGAAUCGUUGGUUUGAAUAUUGGACAGUUUAGCUGAGGAAUCUGCUCCUGCAAAUACCAGAAUUGAGGAGUUUUGUUUGGCAUAUUAAUCAAGGCUUAUUAACAGUUCUCCAGACAUGUUUUGGACAACUGGAGACAUUAGGCUUGAACCCAUCUAAGGAAUGGUGAAAUCAGGAACAAAGUCAUCAAGGUCCUUGAGAUAGUGAUGGCUAUUCCUCAUGAAUCUGAAUAUGGAGGCCAGUGGGACAGAUGAAGUAGAGAAAAUAAAAUCAAAGUUUGUAUCUGCAUGGAAUAAUAUGAAAUAUAGCUGGGUACUGAAAACCAAAACUUACUUUAGCAGAAAUUCUCCUGUCUUUUUGCUGGGAAAAUGCUACCAUUUCAAGAGCGAUGAACCCAGUGACCAGUCACCAAAUGGUUCCUGUGAUGACAUGACAGAAGAAAGGUUUUCCAGAAACAUUGAAGAGUUCCGUAAAGACUUUAUUUCUAGGAUAUGGUUGACUUACAGAGAAGAAUUUCCCCAAAUCAAGGGUUCAGUUUUAACCACAGACUGUGGCUGGGGCUGUACCUUGAGGACUGGACAAAUGCUUCUGGCUCAAGGACUUAUUCUCCACUUUCUUGGUAGAGAUUGGACUUGGGCCAAUGCCUUUGUUUUCGAGAAUCCAGAGUCUGAAUCAUGGACAACUCAGACAGUAAAAAAGCUCACAGCAUCUCUUGAAACAUCCCUUAUAGGAGAAAGAGAAUUCAGGAACCAGUCAAAUCAUCCUAAAAGUCCAAUGCACAUCCGAGAAAGCGAAGAAAGCGUGGAGGAGCAGUAUCACCGAAGAAUUAUAUCUUGGUUUGGUGAUUCACCCCUUGCCAAUUUUGGCUUGCAUCGGCUGAUAGAAUAUGGAAGUAAAUCUGGGAAAACAGCUGGAGAUUGGUAUGGGCCAGCAGUGGUAGCACACCUUUUGAGGAAAGCAGUUGAAAAAGCAAGAGACCCUGAGUUACAAGGAAUAACCAUCUAUGUUGCUCAAGACUGUACAGUUUACAAGUCCGAUGUUAUUGAUGCUCUCUGCCCUUUCACGGAUUCUGAAAAGACAGGUGCCAAAUCUGUGAUUAUAUUAAUUCCUGUCAGGCUUGGUGGUGAACGCACUAAUAUGGAAUACUUUGAGUUUGUGAAGGGAAUUUUGAGUCUCGACUACUGCAUUGGCAUUAUUGGUGGCAAACCUAAGCAGUCAUAUUACUUCGCUGGUUUUCAAGAUGACAGCUUGAUUUACAUGGAUCCUCAUUAUUGCCAGUCUUUCGUAGAUGUCAGCGUAAAGGAUUUCCCCCUUGAGUCUUUCCACUGUUCUUCUCCAAAGAAGAUGUCGUUUAAAAAAAUGGAUCCAAGUUGCACCAUAGGACUGUAUUGUCGUGACGUGCAGGGUUUUGAAAGGACUGCUGAAGAAAUAACUAAGAUUCUAAAAUCCUCAUCUAAAGAGAAAUAUCCUUUGUUUACUUUUGUAAGCGGACAUUCCAGAGACUAUGAUUUUGUGGCGAGUCCAGUCCAGGAAGAGAAGACAAUGUUCUCUGAAGAUGAACACAAAAAGUUGGCGUGUUUUAAUAAUGAAGACUUUGUCUUGCUAUGAGGACAUUUUUAUUUAUUCAUUUAAGUAUUUUUAUGCUCAGUCUUCACAGAUGCUACAAAAUGGCUUAACUAAAAGCUGCAAGCAACAUAAAUUAAAAGUAAUAAAAACUUGUGGCAAUAAGCAGUAGACUACCAAGAAUUGUCAUCACUAAUCAGUUGUCGAAAACUUGUUUGACUUCCAGCCAAGGAGAUCCUAGACUAGGCACCACUGCCCAGUAAUUUUUGCUUUGCAUAACCAUGCACAACACUUCAAUUGCGAAGUGACAGAAUGGACACUCAGUGGUGACUCAAGUCCAGCCUACAAGAUUAGAAUCAUCAAUCUUUCCAGCAGUGAAUUCCAAGUGCAGGAGAUAUUAAGCCCAAACGAUCUGAAGUCUGUUAGUUUAGGUAAAAAAGAAAAGGAGAAAUUCCUCAUAUGAACAACAUAAAGCAAUAUCAUAUGGAAUGUUUAAAUAUUCACUUUAAUUGAUAAAAAUAUAAGGUUUACCAAACAAAGUAUCUGUUGGCAUAAAAUUAGUAAAAACAGACUUGUAGUUAAUAUGUCAAAAAGCUUAGGAAUCAGUAGUUCUUUUCCUGAUGGUUUAAAGAAAUAAACUAAAGGGAACCCAGAACCUGUACUGUGAAAGGCUAAUUAAACUUGUGAAAGAUGAUAAAAGACCAUCUAUGUUGAAGGCCUACAAUGCUCAGUGUUGAAGAUGUGCUCAGGAACAUCUUAACAAUUUGCUCAUCAUAAUAGUCAAGUUUGGCCCAUUCUAAACGCACUUCAUAAAUUGUAGAGCACCUUCCGUACAUUAGGCUUCUAUAGAGAAGCCCUUGACCAGAUCCAUCACUUAGCCGGGGGAAAAAGAUAUACCUUAUGUGUAUAGCAACAAGUAUGCCUCCUGGCCCAUGGGUAUUAGAAAGUCAAGAAGGGUGUCAAGAGCUUCUGACACCUAUUAGGCCAAGUGGCUUAGGACUAGUUGUCAGUUCUAAACUGCCUGACCUAUUGUAGUAUAUCUCUAAUCCUAUAGUCUGCAAUUAUUGGUAAAUACACUGAUAUAACCAUUAUAUAGUGUUGCUUUGCAGAACUGCAUUGAGCUGCACAAACUUCCUUAAAGCACUAUACCGGCAGGUGACAUUUUGGGGACCAUCUGUCCUAAAAAUGCACUUUUGUAAAAAAAAACAAAAAACAAAAAAAACAAAGGAAAAAAAACCUUCUAGGAUGAUCAUAUUAGCUAACAGGUAGCAUUUAAAUGUAUUGAUCACUGUGGUACUGUAUCCACCUGGCUCCCAACAAAUUCAGGGAAAUGGUAGCAUUUGAAGAGAAGUGAUGUCUCCUUCAGUAUCCGUCAAAUCUAUUGAAUAUUUAUGUUCUCACAGAAUCAAGAGUAGGUCUUUUAAAACAUUUUAAAAUGUAUAUAACAACUUAUUUUAUUAAUAGAUGAAUGUAAUGGCAGGCGAUAAAAGGAAGCUUAUUGAUAUAUGGUUAAAUAGUGAUGCGUUAGGCUAGUUUUCUCAUAUUUUUAGCUUUUCAACAAUUUCUAUUUUGAAUUCAAAUCAAUUCUUGACUGUAAAAGGAUUCGUGGCAAUGUGAUUAUCUUUCUACUAAGGUACACUGCGUAUUUUAAAAAUAUUUUGAUAACUUGAUAAGACACCCUAGGAUUGAAGUAUUCCAAGGACCAUGACAUGCUUCAACUGAUCCUCACUUACCUAAUUUAAGACCAAGAAAUUGGCUAGUUUGCAAGAGCGUAGAGUUUGUUAGAAACCAAUACUUAGAAUAUAUUGUUAAAAACCUAGGCUUAAUGUGCAUAAAGAACCAGGGAAUCAAAAUAUUAGUGUUAUUUUGUGUCAAUCCCUAUAAUGUUUAAUGGUGUAAUGAAAUUUCAGGCAGAGUAUUGUGGUCUAAUGUAUUUUUACUUUUUACCAGUGAUGCAAACUAAAGAAUGAGUAAAGGUUAUUAUUUAACAAUAUGAUCUUAUAAUAACUACUCAUAGUUGUAAUUGAAAUCUAACAAGAAAUUUUAAUAUAAUAUUGGCUCCCUCCUCUCAUUUUGUUACUGUUAAACUACAGCCUAUGAUAUUGGAUACAAACAAUGCUCUUAACAUCAAAAGUCUUAAAUAUAAAUCUAAAAUGGUAGAGUGAGACACCAGCAGCGGACAUACAGGUAUAUUACAAUAUGAUUUUAUGAAAUUUUAUAGAUCUUUGCAUCUCUGGAAGAACUGAUCCCUUAUAUAAACAAGGUUUCAUUUCAUUUAAAUUUAAGGAUUUAAAAUUCAGAUUUUUUUAAAGAUUAUUUCACUCCACUUUCUAAAGAAAUAAGCAUUGCAAAAUGCUCUUGUAACCAAUGCUAGUUACAAGAAGAAAGAAAAAAGAAGUCCUUUAAUUCUCUAGGUCCUAAAUCACACAUGUUUUAUAGAUUAAAAUACUGGUUCAAACUGUUCCUGGAAACCUACGUACUACUAAUCAGUCUAGUCUCUUUAAAACAGGGAUUAUGAUGCUGUAGUGAUGAUUUGUCAUUUGCAUUUUGGACAAACUAUAGUUUCUGAAUGGCAAACUCUUCAAAGGCAGGGCCCAUACAGACAUUUUAGAGUAUUUCAACCAGUGACAAAUGUUUAGUCCCUGUUAUAAGGGCCAUUUCAAACCUUCACUUUUUAAAUUAUAUAAUUACAUCCACAGAACGAUUCCAAUCAAACAUGAGAUAAGGAAUUAAUACACAUCCUUUCCAUUUUGCUUAUGGGAGGUUUAAAACUAUUGGAUUAUUGUAACAAUUCCAUAGCAGCCCAGAAGAUGACAUUACCCUGAACUCAACUACUUCAGGCACUGUUACCAUCAUAAGUUACUUUGCAAAAUAACACUUUAUCAAUUCAGUUUUGAAGCUUGAAAGCAUCAUUUCAUUAGCAAAAGCUAAUAUAUAAAAUUAGUAGUUUCAUCUGCAUUGGGGACCAAUUUCAUGUUAGAUUCAUUCCUAAACUCAUCCCUAGAGGUCUGUGGUGCAGUGGUGAAAAGUUAAAUUACCAAGUUACCAUAAAUUGUUUUUUAGUAACUACAGGGGUCUUUAAUUUGAAACCAUGUUAAUUACAUGGGGAUUUCUUGUUACCUCUCUUGCAUUCUCUCUCUCAAAUCUCUGCAAUUAAUUUGUGUCAUUAUUGUUGCUGCUGCUUUCAAACAAACCAUACUAGAAUUCGUUAUCACAUACCCAGCUGGUAUCUUUAAGAUAUCUUUGUAAAUCCAAACCUGGCUUUAGUUACUUAAGACACAUAGAGUGAAGGUUUAAGAUGUGCUUUAAACAACUAGGAUGGGAAAAACUAUUGCUAGAUUAUAAACCCAGUCUGCAGUUCUAUCUUUAGAACUGGCCAGUUUUGUUUGGUCUACUAUGUAUCCAAUUAAAAAAUGUGCCAGAUCUUGUAAUGACAUCCCUUUCAUUUUUGCCAUGCAUUUGAGGCAAAAAGAACAACUUUUAGAGUAAGUAAUUUUACCAUCUGCUAAUUUUUGCAAACAUUUGAUUCCCCAUCCAUGAUUUGCAUGAAAAAAAGAUCAUGCUUUGAAUUAUCUUCAGAUAGAUAAAGGCACACCUUUUAUAUAAUUUAAGCCUGAGGAAAUACCUUGUAAUCCGUUACAUCCUGCAAAAACUUGCCAAUCAAUGUCAGCCUUCCAGUCUUGUGGAAUUCAUUAAUUUCACCAUGCAGAUUUACUUUCUCCCCUGCUUUUCUUUGCCACUGAGAAGGCAGCUGCUCUUAUAGCAUGCUAAGAAUAUCAAACCAAUAUAUGUGUGGUCCUAAACCAGUUCUUUGAGCUAAAAAUAACUGCUCCUCUAGUUUUUAGUUGUAAUAUAUACUCAUACAGUAACACAAUAGCAACAGAUAAAUUUUGUGGUGUCACAAAGAAGUUGCCUACAAAUGCCAUUUAUCUAUUGAUUGUAAUGGUAUCCAUUCAUCCAUAUUCUCAUUUUAGAAAUUCUAAUAAACUAGUUCUGCUGGACUCAA